AAAUACAAGGUGAUUAAACAAAUUGAAAAAGUGUACUCCACAUCCCAAAACCCUCUUCUUGUCUCUUUCGUUCAUUCCCCUUCCAAUUUCCAACCAUUUUCCUCCCUACUUGGACUCAGAAAUCAGAAUACCGCCCAGGAUUUUCAAGACCGGCUCGGCCUCUCUUUCAUCCUCUCCUCUCCUCUCUCGCCUUUCUCUUCUCCGGUUUUUCAUUUUUCAGCUGGUAAGGCGUUAGAGUCAGAGGACUAGUCCGUUUUUGCAUUUACUCUGUGAUUUUGUUAUUCUUUUAUUUUUAGUACCAUUUUGUUUUUGGUUCAUUUAAUGGAGAAUAUUCAGUUGAUCAAAUGAGGGGAGGAUCUAGCUAGCUUCCUCUGUAAGGUUAGGUUGACAUUUGAGUUUCUUUGUACACAAGCAAGAUAAUGGAGGAGCUUCAGAGGGAAAACUCUCAUGGAUGCUCCUCCUCUUCUUCCAUGCGGGUUUGAGCUGUAAAACGAAAGCUUUAGUAAUCUCCAAUGAUUUUUUUUCUCUUAUAAGAUUUUGAGACUUAGGGCGUGUGUUUCUCAGUAAAAUUCAACUGGAGUAAGACGAAGAUAUGAAGAGUCUCCUUACUAGCAUGUUGCCCGUCGGGGCUUCGAUCCCCCACAGUCAAGAUGAGGUCGAAUAUUCGUUUGCCAUGGAGUACCACGGUCCUCCUGUCACUUACGAUCUCCCUCGAGCAGUGCCGAUUGACAUCAAACGGAUCCCGACCGCUACUGUGGUUCCUCCUACCUCUCUCUCCGAUAAGCUCUCCUUGCCGAUUGCCCAGCCACUCAUUGCCCCAGAUCCUUCUAGCAAGAACUCCAAAGAACUAACCCUAGGUUUUGACAAGAUUGUUUCUCCCACAUCCGUGAUCGCCUUUCACCAGAGAGAUAGAGACGGUCCUGAUUGUGGAUUAUCGGGUGAAUUUAGUAGCUCAGGCACAUUAGCAUUCUCGAAUGGCCAUGACCAGUCCUGUGAAUUAUCUGUCGUGGUUGAUGGUGGUUCUGGCGCAUUGAAUUUAUCUAAUGAGCAUGAAGGUUCCCAGCAGUUAUCAGGUGGAAUAGGAAUUUCAAGGACACUAGAGUGUUUUAGUAGCCGCAUUGAGUCACAUGAAUUAUCGGGAAGCUCCGGUGCCCAGCGGGCUUCAAAUGAUUGCAAAGAGAGUUUAGAUUUUUUAAAUGAUAUAGAUCAACCAGAUUGGGGCUCCACCGAGUCAAUGCAGAGCUCUCGUUUUCUAUCAUCCGAGGUUUCUUCUUGCAAGGACGAAGAUUUCAAUAAUGAUCCCCCUUGCCAUGCCAAAAGAACAUCAAUUGUAACCUUCCUUGAUGCUGAGUCAAGUGACACAAUUCAUGGGGACUUUAGUCCUGUUGAAGGCCAAGCCAUCCAGGAACAGAGAGGACCUGAAACAAGGCCAAAGAAAGGGGCAUGUUAUCGCUGUUCUAAAGGAAAUCUGUUCACAGAUAAGGAGACAUGCAUUGUUUGCAAUAAAAAGUAUUGCAGUAACUGCAUAUUGAGAGCAAUGGGGUCAAUGCCAGAAGGGAGGAAAUGUGUCACUUGCAUCGGAUUACCAAUUGAUGAGUCAAAGCGAGAGAGCUUGGGUAAAUGCUCUCGAGUGCUUAAAUGGCUGCUUAAUGAGUUGGAAAUUCAACAGAUAAUGAAGGCUGAAAAGUCAUGUGAAGUGAAUCAGCUACAAGCAGAGCUUAUAUAUGUAAAUCGGCAGCAGCUCUGUCCAGAGGAGUUGAUUUUAUUGCAGAGCUGUCCAAAGCCACCCAAGAAGCUAAAACCAGGAAAAUAUUGGUAUGAUAAAGUAUCUGGGCUUUGGGGAAAGGAGGGACAAAAGCCUUGCAAUAUUAUUAGCCCCAAUCUGAAUGUUGGGGGGGCCAUUAUGCCAAAUGCUAGCAAUGGAAACACACGGGUUUCUAUAAAUAACCGGGAGGUUACAAAAGCAGAGCUGUGGAUGCUUCAGCUGGCAGGGGUCCAGUGUGCUGGAAACCCAAACUUCUGGGUGGAUGCAGAUGGAUCAUACCAGGAAGAGGGACAGAAGAACAUAAAAGGGCAUAUCUGGGGCAAGUCUGCAACAAAACUGGUGUGUGCCGUUUUGUCACUACCUGUUCCUUCUAAAGCUACAAAUCCUUGUAGAGAAGAAAAGGCUCUGGUUGAUAGACCUGUCCCUGAUUACCUCGAGCAGAGAACACUCCAAAAGCUUCUUUUAGUUGGAUAUAGUGGAUCUGGGACAAGUACCAUAUUUAAACAGGCCAAGUUUCUGUACAAGUCAGUCUCCUUCUCAGAGGAUGAGCGCCAGGAUAUCAAAUUGAUAAUCCAGAGCAAUGUAUAUAAAUAUCUAGGUAUACUGCUUGAGGGGCGUGAGCGUUUUGAGGAAGAAAGCCAGGUGGAAAUGAAGAAAAAUCAAUCUGUUGAGCAAUCUAGUGCCUUAGGAAAUGCCAGUGAACAUGAUGAGAAAACUAUCUAUUCCAUUGGUCCAAGGCUUAAAGCAUUUUCAGACUGGCUUCUCAAAGUUAUGGUGUCUGGUAAUUUGGAAGCCAUUUUCCCAGCUGCCACUCGAGAAUAUGCUCCAUUGGUUGAGGAACUGUGGAAGGAUGCAGCAAUUCAAGCAACAUACAAGCGGAGAACUGAACUACAAAUGCUACCUGUUGUUGCUAGUUAUUUCUUAGAACGUGCUGUUGAGAUAUCGAGAAUGGAUUAUGAGCCCUCUGAUGAGGACAUUCUAUAUGCUGAGGGAAUCACUUCAUCGAAUGGACUUGCUUGCAUGGAUUUCUCAUUCCCCCAUUCAGGCCAUUUUGAGUCCAUUGACACUGCUGAUCAGCAUGAUUCCUUGCUAAGGUACCAGCUAAUAAGGGUACCUGCAAGAGGCCUUGGAGAAAACUGCAAGUGGCUGGAGAUGUUUGAAGAUGUUAGACUUGUCAUCUUUUGUGUUGCCCUGAGUGACUAUGAUCAAUUCUGUGAUGAUGGGAAUGAGGUGUUGAUGAACAAGAUGUUGGCAAGCAGGAAACUCUUUGAGAUUAUUGUUACUCAUCCAACUUUUAAGCAGAUGGAAUUCCUUCUGAUACUCAACAAAUUUGAUCUGCUUGAGGAGAAGAUCGAGCAGGUCCCACUGACCUCUUGUGAGUGGUUCCAUGACUUCAAUCCAGUGAGAAGCUACCAUCAUUCUAAUAGCAACACCAGAAGUAACAGUAUCAAUAAUAAUAAUCCUUCACUGGCUCAGCUGGCCUUUUACUACAUAGCAGUGAAGUUCAAGAGACUCUUUGCCUCUCUCACUGGACGAAAGUUGUAUGUUUCUCUUGUAAAGGGUUUGGAGUCUGGUACUGUUGAUGGAUCUCUCAGAUAUGCAAGGGAGAUUCUGAAGUGGGAUGAAGGGAGAGAAAACCUAAGUAUAAACGAGCUGUCGUAUUACAGCACCGAGGCGAGUUCCUUCUCUUCCUGAUGUCUAAAGUCUAAUAUGGAAUUGGCUUGUAAAUGGGUCCUUUCAUCAUAUACGAGUGUAUAUAUAUUUAUUUUAUUUAAAGUUGAAUUACGUGAGCAAUUGUAACCAACGGAAUUUAGGAUGUUGGGUGAAGCAGUGUGAUCUCAUCCA